CAAUGUUUGCCAGCUGACUAGACGGAGCGACGAUCGCCAGCUGAGCCUCCAAGGCUCUGUUUGGGUGAACUAUGGGGAUCUGACGUUUGUUGCUCAACUCACAAUCUCAAUCUCAUUUCCCCUUCGCUUAUGUGAUGAUUCGGAGCACAUUUCGUAAAAUUGCUGUUCGAGCGACGGUGCAAGAGGAGCUACAAGUGUCUGUACCAGCGGCGGUCCUACCACAGACCCACAGGAUAAGUCCGAUGAGAUCAGAAGCCACCGAUUCGUCUUGAAACCAACAGUGUGAAUCGUGUGUGUCUUUGUUCCGACUCUCUAGCUGUCGUGGAAAGCUGACGUACCGCCCUCAUCUCAUCGGCGUAUUGCCCCUGCGUCUCCUUGCAGAGCUGUAUGAGCGAAGCCGGACCUUUCAGCAGGUCCCACCGAUAGGAGUUGGCCGCAGUAUGUUCUCCCGGAACCACUGUCAUCGCCGUCCUCCUGUCUUUGAAUACUCCUAGCAGUUGUUCGAGUCGGCUUACACCACCAUGACGUUGCUUUGUUUGCGCCGUUUGCGCGGAACUGCCUCUGUCUCUGGGAUGAGGCUGAUCGUACUCCUGGCACUGACCAUUUCACAGGUCUCAGCCGGGGAGUACUCGGUUAUAAUGGCCGAAGCAGACAAUGCCGUGCAUCAGUUUUGUAUGGUAUAUUUCUCAGAAUUCAAAGAAUUGCCUGAGAGUCCAGAACGAAUGCCUUACAUCCAAAUGGUCAACCUAACAUCUCAAGAUGGCUGCAAGAAGCUGCAGUCUAUUAACCUGCACGGCAAAGUUGCUCUUAUAAAAGACAGCGGGAACUGCACGCUAGACAAAGUUGUUCUUCACUACAAAGCUGCGCAGGCAUACGGCAUUGUUAUUUCCACGCAGAAGAGCAGAGUGGACAACAUUAUCAUCAACAGAAAUGACACGCGUCACUUGGAUCUUGUUGUGGGAUUUGUCACAGACGUCACUGGCAACAGCUUGUUGAGCCUGAUGAAGCCCAAGGAACCCUUGCUGACUAAGCUGUUCACCAAGAGAAGCUUGGCGUUUGACUACAGCCUGAUCAUCAUCUGGCUGGUGGCUGUGUUCACUCUUGGUGUAGGCUCCUACUGGUCAGGCCUGGUCAAACACGAGAUCUACCAGCACGAAAUUGGCAAGUGCUCACAUGCCAGCCACGCUGGGGCGGAAGGGGAGGAGAGUUCGUUCCCGAAGUCCGAGAAUGUCCUCGAGGAAGAGAGCUCACUGGAUGUCUCACCUGUGCUGGUCACCCUGUUUGUCAUCUGCAUGGGUGUCAUGCUCCUUCUGCUUUACUUCUUCUUCCAGUACCUGGUGUUUUUCAUCAUCGGCAUGUUUGCCUUGGCAUCUGUGGUGUCUGUCAUCGGUGUGCUUGAGCCUCUUAUCUACAAAAUCCCGAUAGGGACGACACGAAUCCCGCGCAACGUGUGCCCGUGCUUCCACGGCCCCUUGGAGGUGCGUCAGCUGGCGCUGAUUGUGUUUGCCAUCUCUGUGUCUGUGACGUGGGUCGUACUGCGCCACCACCCACAGUCAUGGAUCCUGCAGGACCUGCUGGGUGUCGCCUUCAGCAUCAACAUGCUCAAGACUCUGCGCCUGCCCAACCUCAUGAUUUGCAGUGUGCUCCUGGUGUUGCUGUUCUUCUACGACAUCUUCUUUGUUUUCGUCACUCCAUUCUUGACUAUGAAGGGCGAGAGCAUCAUGGUGGAAGUGGCCAAAGGAGGCAACACUCAGGAGCAGCUGCCCAUGGUGCUGAGGGUGCCCCACUUCAACAACGAGUCGCUGUCCGUCUGCUUCGGCCAAUUCUCUUUGCUGGGCUUCGGCGACAUUCUUGUUCCAGGCCUUCUGGUUGCCUACUGCCAUGGUUUUGACCUGCUGACAACAAGAAGCCGCCUGUAUUUCUUCACUGGGACACUGUUCUAUGGCGUGGGGCUCGUGCUCACAUUCAUCGCACUAUACCUGAUGCGAACUCCCCAACCUGCCUUGCUGUAUCUUGUGCCAGCCACGCUCUUGCCAACCAUCUGCAUAGCAUGGUGUAGAGGGCAGUUGGCUGACAUCUGGCAUGGCGUCAAGGUGAGAUGUCCUUUUAGUCUUCGUUUUACUUUGUUCAGGUGUUAAUGUAUUUUAAUCUUU